CCAACAACGACAAAACUGUGAGAGCAGAAAGUGAAACUCAUUAAUCAUAUUCAUUUGUCUACAUAUACGUGCUGUUGCAUGGAUUUAAAUUGCAAUUUUCGUAUCACUGUGAUUUUGCAGGGUCAAGUUGAUAUAGUUCAAUCUUCAAAGUUCCAGAAUACAUGGAAGGUGAACCAGUUAAUGUUAAUGAGUUCCAAGAAUUAGCUAGGCAGGCCCUUCCCAAAAUAUACUAUGACUAUUAUAGUGGUGGAGCUGAGGAUGAGUACACACUAAAACAAAAUGUGGAAGCAUUUCAAGGAAUUACGAUCCGGCCAAGAAUACUUGUUGAUGUCAGCAGAAUCGAUUUGUCAACAACUGUUCUCGGCUACCAAAUCUCAGUGCCCAUUUUGAUUGCUCCAAGUGCUAAGCAUAAGUGGGCACACCCUGAAGGUGAGGUUGCCACAGCCAGAGCAGCUGCUUUAUGUGAUACAAUAAUGAUUUUAUCCUACAGGUCUACCUGUACUAUUGAGGAGGUCGCUUCAAGCUGCAAUGCUGUUCGGUUCUUCCAGUGUUAUGUAUACAAGAGGCGAGAUAUAUCUGCUAAUUUAUUACAGAGAGCUGAAAGAUGUGGAUACAAGGCCAUUGUCCUAACGGUUGAUAGCCCUAGGCUUGGUCGAAGGGAGAAAGACAUAAAGAACAAAAUGGUUAACCCUCAAUUGAAGAACUUUGAAGGUCUCAUAUCGACUCGAGUUUCCACUGAUGACGGUUCAAAAAUAGAAGCAUUUGAUGCGAACACUGCAUUUGAUGCCUCUUUGUCUUGGAAGGAUAUAGGAUGGUUAAGAUCUAUUACAAACUUGCCAGUUCUGCUCAAGGGAGUACUUACUCAUGAAGAUGGGGAAAAGGGAGAUUUUAUGUGGGAAUUGUAAUGGAGCUGGCUUUACUGGUGGAUUUAGGAGCACCUUGGAUGACUGAUAUAAAAGCUACAAUUUUGUCUCACCAGAGGAGAUUUACCAUACAAGCUUUUGUAAUCUCGUCUGUUUCUUGGAUUAACAUUUGCUUCACUCCUGUUGUGUUUUUGGCAUGCACAAGUUUGUUAUAUACUUAGCCAAAAAAAGGGGGAGAACCUUUUUAUAAUUAUUCAAUCUUUGUUUUUUAUUUUUUUAUAACACAGUUAGAAAUAAUUUAUUUGCUUUGCUUGUUUUCAA